AUGUACUGUUGUAUCUUCCAUGUUGCCAGGAAACAAGCAAGGAAAAUAGCAGUCACGCAUCAAUCUGUAUUUGAAAGACCGGGAAUCAGACACAGAAAACGAACCUUUACCGAUGAAACCAAGGCAGCGAAGGUUCUCUGUCUAGUUUUAGGGUGUUUUUUACUGACGCUGUUGCCUGGUGUUAUUUCAAUAAUUAUUGACAUACUAUUUGGAUCAGUGUCCACGGAGUGGUCCUAUUUUACCAAUCUCAUAGCAUUUAGCAACUCGGCCAUGAACCCUCUUAUAUAUACGCUAGGUACCAAGCAAGUUCGCACGGCGUUAAAGAAGCGGUAUUUCAAGUGUUGCAAUAGAAGACCGAAACAGACGGCACACUGCGACGCUGUCACGGCCGUGAGCUUACGUGCUACUGCAGGGGCCUGUAACGUAAGUGUUGUCCUUGAGGACUUGGAAAAGAAGGAUUCUGAACAAUGUCAGACGCCAAAUAUAAACGAAAUAAUAUACGAGGAACAACCAUCACCAUGA